GACAAAAAACUCCAUCAGCCCGGACAAUGCCACCCCUAGUUUAAAGCUCCCAACCUGUUAUUCCUUGCCCCCACUAUCACGGUACCAAGUGCUCUGUAUUUCCCCCGGCCCAACCCCCCUCCCUGCUGGUGGAAGAUAUGGAAGAGGACGAUAAAGGCGCUGGCUGCGGGCGCUGACGGCGCUCAGCCCGCAUGCCUCUGCCGCCGCGGCCGGGGCCGCUCCAGCGAGCCGCUUGCAGCGGGAUGAGAUGCAACUUCUGCUAAUUGGAUCACAGGUGUAACUGGGUAUCUUGUUAUCAGAAGCGAAAUGAAUAACUCAACGUACAUAAACUCUUCCACUGAAAAUGUGAUGGCCUUGGAGAGCCCCUACAAAACUGUUGAGGUGGUGUUCAUCGUCCUGGUGGCAGGGUCUCUCAGCCUGGUCACCAUAAUUGGGAACAUCCUGGUCAUGGUGUCAAUCAAAGUCAACAGGCACCUCCAGACUGUCAACAAUUAUUUCCUGUUCAGCCUGGCCUGCGCUGACUUGAUCAUCGGCAUCUUUUCCAUGAACCUGUACACCCUCUACACUGUGAUAGGCUACUGGCCCUUGGGGCCUGUGGUGUGUGACCUCUGGCUGGCUCUUGACUACGUGGUCAGCAACGCCUCUGUAAUGAACCUGCUCAUUAUCAGCUUUGACAGGUACUUUUGUGUCACCAAGCCUCUGACGUAUCCCGUAAAGCGGACCACCAAGAUGGCCGGCAUGAUGAUCGCAGCCGCCUGGGUGCUGUCCUUCAUCCUCUGGGCCCCUGCAAUUCUCUUCUGGCAAUUCAUUGUGGGAGGAAGGACUGUCCCAGAUGGGGAUUGCUACAUCCAGUUUUUUUCCAACCCUGCUGUCACUUUUGGCACUGCCAUUGCAGCCUUCUAUUUGCCUGUUAUCAUCAUGACUGUCCUUUACUGGCAAAUCUCUCGGGCCAGUAAGAGUCGGAUAAAGAAAGGAAAGAAGGAAGCCGCCCAAAACCAAGAAACAGUUUCCCCCAGCCUUGUCCAAGGUAAAAUAGUGAAACCAAACAAUAACAAUAUCCCGACCAGCGGAGAUGGGUUGGAGCACAGCAAAAUUCAGAAUGGGAAAACCAGCGAGGAGACUGUGACCAAUAACUCUGUUCAAGGGGAGAAGGAGAGCUCCAACGACUCCACCUCCAUCAGUGUGGUUGCUUCCAACUUGAAAGAGGAUGAAGCUACCAAAGAUACCAGACAGGCUUCUGCCUCCCAAGCCCAUGUCAAAGCAGAGAACUCCAAGCUGACAUGCAUCAGGAUAGUCACCAAGUCCCAAAAGGGGGACUGCUGUGCCCCUACCAACACUACUGUGGAGAUCGUAGGCACAAACGGGGAGGAGAAGCAGAACAGCGUAGCCCGGAAAAUUGUCAAGAUGACAAAGCAGCCAGCCAAAAAGAAACCACCCCCUUCUAGAGAGAAAAAAGUGACAAGGACGAUUUUGGCCAUCCUCCUGGCCUUCAUCAUCACCUGGACCCCAUAUAAUGUGAUGGUGCUCAUCAACAGCUUCUGCACAUCCUGCAUCCCUAACACCGUAUGGACCAUAGGUUACUGGCUCUGUUACAUCAACAGCACCAUCAACCCUGCCUGCUACGCGCUCUGCAAUGCCACUUUCAAGAAGACCUUUAAGCACCUUCUUAUGUGUCAUUACAAGAAUAUAGGAGCUACAAGGUAAAAAUAAUAAUAAAAAUAAUUAUAGAAAGGGUGAAGAAGUUCCAAAUUAAAUUUAAAAAACCCUCAACGCUAUAGCACUUUAUGCUCUUCUAUGGAAUGUGCAAUCCAGGAUGUUGGUGGAAAUACUGAUAAGGGGCAUCAGCUGUACCCCUGAGGACUACACUUUAAAACAUUUUUUUAAUAAAUGAAAAUAAAUCUUUAGGACACGGGGAUGUUUGAGAAAUUAAUCAAGUAUGUGGACUGGAGGCACAGUUCCUUACUUUCUGAGAGUAUUCUGCAGAAGGGCUUCAAAGUCUCUGAUUUUUGGUCAUUCUGUGUAAAAUACUUGUUCUUUCAUUCUCUUUUUCUUGUUUUUUCCUGUGUGUGUUUAUUACAUCUUCAUCUAGGUUAAAAAAACCCCAAAUUUUAGUAAUAACUGUGUGGGAGAGGCACAGGAGUUUGGAUGAUCAUUGCAUAAUCCAAAUCAAUCAUAGCAGAAAUUUUCUAAAGCUCAAAGUUGUCUAAAGCUGUUUUGCCACUGUCGUGUAAGAAGCUCAAUGUUAGGUAAAUCAUGAUGGAAGUUUUUUAUGUUGUUUAUGACCCCACCAUUUCCAAAACCACAUCAGUUCUGAAAGUGUACUUAUGUGCAACAUGUAAUCAUUGUAUAUCGUUCCAAGUCUGCUGCUUGCCCCCUCCCAGGGGUUUUUGUUCUGUGACUGCUUCAUCAUGACAAGAUCAAAGUGAAAAGACAUGGUCUCACCCAGAUUGCUACAUGCAAAGACUUCUUCAGCAUCCAUGUAAACCAAAGCUUUUGAGAUGAUUUUGGUCACUUUGUUCGUCAUGUAACAUCGACCUGUGGAUUUGUCUAUUACCUCCAUCAGCCUUUUCUUCCUUUGUGUACCUUAGUUGUCCAGGGCAAGACUGAAUACCAAAAGAAGCUGUAA